GUAAUCAAUCGGAGUUUUGUUUAUUUUAUAAUUGAUUGAAAUGAUUAGAUUUAUGAAUUAAUUAGAAUAUUGAAGCUAUUCCGCUUUUAAUAUGGAACAACUGUCCAACUUAUGCCGUGCUUGCCUCGGAAGAGCUGAGUGUUUCUCUCAUUUUAUCUUUCAACACAUUAGUCCUGAACAGUACUUUUAUUGCACAUCGAUUGAGGUAAAAUACGAAGAUGGACUUCCAAAGGCGUUAUGCGACAAGUGUUUCAUAUUUAUAAACGAGUUUAUGGAAUUCAAAUCAAGAUGUAUUCAGUCGGAAUCAGAAUUAAUGACAGUUUCGGGAAGAUUGUCAUUAAAAGAGGGAAUAUCUCUGAAGUCAGAACCAACAGGGACACACGAGGAUAUGGCGGGUACACGGAAUGGAAUGAACGAGGAGGACCUGCUAAACAUGGCUCUAGCAACACCAUCAUAUUUAAAAGUAGAAAUGAAGGAUGUAAAGGAAGAAGAUGAAGAGGAAAAUUUCAGUGACAGCAAUAAUGAUACUGGUGAACCCCUGAAGGAUAUUGAAGAGAGUGUUAAGCCAACAAAAGCUAGUUCUAAAAAAUCUCAGAAGUCACCCCAGAAGAGGAAGAUAGCUAAAAAGCCAGUGAAAUUUAAAUGCGAGCGAUGUACUAGGAAAUAUUCAUCUGAAAGACGACUACAGGUUCAUAUGAUUAUAUGCGGCCAGAGCAACGGAAAUCCAGACCAUAACGAGUGUAGUAUAUGCCAUAAAAUCUACAAGACUGUUAAUAGCCUUCGGUGCCACAUAAAGUCAGCCCACACUACCUACACCUUCGAUGAGCUGACUUGCCAGAUCUGCUCCAAAGUCUUGAGUAGCCCCCACACGCUCAAAACCCACCAAAGAGUUCACGAAGAAAAAUGGCAGAAAAUAUGCGAGGAGUGUGGAAAAAUAUUUAAGAACAAUUACACAUAUAAGCACCACUUAGACACGCACGUCAAAAACCGCGAACGCAACUACCCAUGCCAGCACUGCGGCAAAAAGUUCAUCAACAAAAAGGUCUGUGCCAGCCACAUCUACAUAAACCACAGGAACCGACAAUACAUAUGCAAUUACUGCAACUAUGUCUUCACUGAGAAAGCGUACCUUAAACAACACAUCAUGCGCCACGAAGGAACGAAUCCUUUGUACGAAUGCGAUGUAUGCUUUAAAUCUUUAACGUCAAAACCAUCUCUCAAGGCCCACAAGAGGAUACAUACUGGCGAAAAACCUUUCACUUGCAACUAUUGCUCGAAGCCCUUUUCUAUGAAAGUGAGGUUGGAAGAACAUGAACGGAACCAUACUGGAGAGAAGCCUUACGAGUGUGGUGUGUGUGCUAUGAGGUUUUCCAGGCGGGGUUCUAGGAGACGGCACAUGAAGGUGCAUAAUAAGUAAAGUGUAAUCAGAAAAUAAUACUUACAUAACUUUAUUUAUGUAAUCAUGAAUAUCACGACAAGCUGGUAAGACUUUUAAUCUGGAGGUCGUGCGUUUUAACCCUGGCUGGUACGAACCAAUAGGUUUUUCGGAAUUUAUGUACAAAAAUAUCAUCUUAUAUUGGACUAAUCCCAAGGUCUAGCUUGCCCUUUCACUUGGAAGGGCAGAUCGCCAUCGCUUUCGAAAAACUAGUGCCCACAUUCCAAAUCUUGAGAUUAGUUGCCAAUGCGGGCCCCAGCCUCUUAUGGGCCGCGGCAAAAUGCCGGGAUAAUGCAAGGAAGAAAACUCUACAGUGUAAGGACGAAAUAAGGAAUGGGUCGAAAGGAUGGAAUGCCUUUAGAGGCUGUAAAUGUACCUUUAUAGAAAAAGUACAGAAAUGAAAGGAUUAAAUAACGAGAAUUAUGUUUAUUUUAACUGUUCAUUUACAAGAAUAAAUACAAUGCUAUCUUUCAUCUGCAAUUUAGCUAAUAUUAAUUUAUUUCUAGUAAACAAAGAUAUAUUUUUUGUUGAGAUUUGGGAGAAUUAUAAUUGGUUUUAUGAAUAAAUUAUUUAUACAAUAUUGUCUUUUUCUUUUGAGGCAAAACAUAAUUGUAAAAAAUAUAUUUUCAUGAUACUAAACACAAGAAUAAUUAUAUAAUUGCUAAACUUACAAAAUUAUUGUGAUUUUAUUACUGGAAUGCAGAAAUAUAAUUAUUAUUUUCUCGCACAUACAUUCAGCAUAUUAUGUGCAAGUGUUCAAAUUUAAUCAAGUGUUAUUUGAUAUAUAACACUUGCACUUCCUUGGCAAUAUAAUAUGCAAACAUUACAAUUGUUGCCGUGUCCAGGAUCUCAGUCUGCGUUCACCAAUAUUUUAUUACGACUGGCGCUUUGUUACAAAUUCCAAUACAUCCAAUCAAAAGGAUGUCCUACAUUCACUAAACAUUCAUUCAUAUGAAUAUGACACAAUUUUUUUCAUUGUCGAAAUUUUCUCCAUUCAAAGUUCGUUCUAUGUUUAUGGUGCUAAGACCAGGCUUACCUAAUAGAAGUUUUGACGGAAGCUUGUGUGAUCAUUCUAAAAGGUGCACUACACACACACAUAAUUAGAUUUAGAACUUCCUGUGUUUAUUACACUGUUACAAUUGGUGCCAUGACCAGGAUUAAUAUAAGUAAGUACUGACGGUAUGGAUCGAAAAGGUGCACUACACGACACAACUAACACGGUGUUUUCAGUCAAAGGAAAUAGUAAAUCCGAUGUACUUUCGAUAUGUUUAGGAAAAUUAACGAUAGAGGGCGUAAAAAUCAACCGAGGGGGUAUUGAGAAGCCCGCUACUUUAUUAAUGUCAUCUUUUUUGGCAAAUAAGUUAGCGUUCAAAUAUUUAUUAAAGUGACUGGUUGAUGAAUGACCUAUUUAGAAAUCCUGCCAUACAUAUGUGGCGUUCCAUGUUUAAAGGUUCCACAUGCUUUAUGUUCUAAA